AUGCCGGACGUGAAGGCCCCUCCGCCAUGUGAUUACCCCUCAGCGGGCUGCUCCCCCGGCCACGGCCCUGCGGGCUACACCUGCACCGCUGGUCUCACCAUGGACCUGGAGCCCUGCCUCAGCCUCACCGACCUGCCCCUUCCCCAACCCCUUUCUGGCUUCAGAGGCCACAGCGUACCCCCCUACCCUCCUUACCCAGGCCAAUGCCCCGUCAUGCCCCGGUGUAACAGCAGUGCCCUGUUGACUAAUCUUGGCCUCCGUUACUGCUCCACCAACAGUGUGCAGCACCCACCCAGGGGGCCUGACUCUAGGCUGGGGUUAGGGUCAGGGUUAGGCCUGGAGCCGGACCACGCAGGGCCCUGUGUGAACAUUAACCCAGACAGCGGGACUAGACUCUAUCGCAGCAUGGAGAACCUGAACUGGAGUAAUUCUGUGUCUGAACCAGGCCUCUACUCAUCCCCCUAUAGCGCCCCCCACAGGGGCAGCAUGGACAGUGAGUUCAUCUUCCGCUGCACUGCCACCAGCCACUGGUACGAUGGGCCCCCGGUGGGGACAGGGCCCCAGGGCUACAGUCCUGAGACCCUUGCCUUCUACCCCAAUGCUCGUCUGGGGGGUCUGGGGAGGAAGGAGCUGCCCCUCUUCCCCCAGUGGCUGUUCCCCGGCGUGGAUGACUGGGGGGUGAACGCUACCACCACCGCCAGGAAGGGGUUAAGGGAGAAGCUCCGCCUCCAGAGUGCCCGGGCAGCGGCAGAACCCCUAAAGCCUCUUCGACCGCAGAUAACCCCAGGCAGUACCCCUCCCAUCCUGGGGGGGUGCUCAGAGAGGGACUCAUCGUCCUACCAGGGGUACGUUGGGAAACCCCUGUGUGUCCGGCGCAUCACCAGCCCUGAGGAAAUCAAGAAAGAGGUUCUGAGACGCCUGCAGCUCCGCCGGCAGAACAGCACCCCAAACCUGACCCUCCACGCCUCCCCUGAGACCCCUCAGACCCCGGACAUGACCAAGUCCUACACCACCGAGUCCAUCUCUGUCACUGGGAGUUGUGCAGAGAUAAUAGCCGAACGCAAGAAACCCCCCAUGGGCCGCCUGCACAUCCCCACCUUUGAGGAGUUUAAGAGGAUGAGGCAGAGAGAGGGAGAGGGUGGACAGACAGAGAGCCAGGGUAAUGUCACUACAGUAACAGCUUCAAUAGACCAACAGCCAGAGCCUGGUACUGGCAGUCAGACCCCAGAGACGGGCAGAGACUGUAAGACUCAGACAGCUCUAUUGGGGCGGAGAGACUCUCAGUCUCCCACUGUGGGACUGAAGGAGGAGGAGAGGGAGAGCAGUGAGAGGAUAGGCAGUGGAGAGAUGGAAGAGAUGGGGAGCGGGGAGGGGACAAGCAGUGGAGAGGCCAGGCAGAGUGACAGCUCCCCUGGGGCUCCCCCACCACCAGCCUGUCAUCCAGACUUAAGAGUAGAGGAGAGGGUGAUGGUGGUUGCGCCAGCUCCCACAGCCAGUGCUAUCAACUCAGCCACUCACAUCUUUACCGGACACACUCCCCAGCCAACAACCAGCAUUCAGACCACAGUCUCUACCAUGGCUAUAUGUACCGGCCCUACUCCUCGCUCUCCCCUCCAGCCCUCCAGUCAGACGCAGGGGGAGGGGACCAUGGACCAUACCCAGGCCCAAGUCAGUAGGCCCAGUGUGGAGCUCAGUGUGCCGGGGGCCUCCUCAGUCCCCUUCCCUCCUCCACGCAGGGAGAGUGCAGAGGGCCCCUCCAGCUGCUGCCCAGCCCUGCUCCUGGACAGGACUGACCUCUCCAGCUACGGAGCCAAGAUUUACAAGAUGAAGGAAGGGUUUAUCGGAUCAGCCCUGGACCUCAUCAAGAAGAGCUGCAGUGCAGAGAUUGCAGCGGCGGAGGCCCCCGUCAGGCUGUCAGGUGACCAGGACGAAAGCACUGACAUCACCGCUCCCCCACCGGACUGUCACUCCUCUGCUGUUUCCAUGACAACCACGACGGCCUGCGGAGCGGAGUCUUGCGACAAGCCUGUAGCAGGAGGAGCAGGAGGAGAGGAACUAGCUGCAGAAUGUCUUAACUCUGGCCUGGGCUGCAGGCGCUCCAGCUCAGACGCAGCCUAUGAGCCGGCCGAGUCGGUGAGGGCCCAGCGCGAGUGCCGCCUCCGGCCCCACUACAGCGACCCCAUGCCGGCAGAUGCCACCAAGCGCAAACAGCUGGAGAUGAAGAUCGCUGCAGCUGCAUGCCUCCACAGCCAGCGUCGGGACAGGGACAGUGCACCUGCCUCGGUGCGGGUGCGCUCUGAGCCCCGCGGUGAGGAGCGUCUUGGGGUUCUGGGCGUGACAAGGGCUGGGCAUAACCGCUGGAGCACCGUGAGCAGCCUCAGUGCCGACAGCGGCGUGGUGGGCCUGUGUGACGACCGCGACGAUGACGAAGAUACCCGGAGAGUACACAGCAGCGGAGGGGCAGAGGUAGAACGGGUGGACAGCGGGAUUGGACCCUGCCUGGCUCGCGGCUGGAAGAGACCCUCUAACUCCCUUCGGGCCUGGGAGGCCCAAAGACCCUGCCCAGACUGUGGCCAGAGAGAUGGGCACGGGGUGGCCCGGACGGACGGGGAGGGCACCGGUAUGUGUGAGCGCUGCUCCAAGCUGAGGACAGAGAGGAAGGAAGCCAUCUUGGAGUUCCUGAACACAGAGUCAAGCUACGGGGAGGACCUGAGGAUCAUCAAGGAGGAGUUCUACUGUCCCAUGCAGAGUGCCGGGCUGCUGACCUCAGAACAGCUGACUGUGGUGUUCAGCAACGUUCAGGAGCUCAUAGACGUCAACGAACGCUUCACUGAACAUCUGCAGGACAGCAUCGAUCAGGCCUUUGACCAGGGAGAUGAGGACCUCCUAACAGUGUGCAUUGGAGAGAUUUUCCUGGAGUUUGUCAACAUGCUGCCAGCCUUCCAGACAUACUGCCUGCAGCAGUCCACUUCUGUCAACAUGCUCAACACCUUGGAGAAGGAGAAGGAACUGCUCAGGAUCUUCCUGGAUGUCUCCCAGAAUGACAAUACAGCCCUGCGGCGUAUGAACCUGCGGUCAUUCCUCAUGGCUCCCCUCCAGAGGGUCACCAAGUACCCCCUCCUGCUGAGCCGCAUCAGCAAGGCCACCACAGAGUGCCACCCGGACCACGCCCGCCUCCGAGAGGCCAAGAGCCGCGUGGAGUCACACCUGGAGCACAUCAACAUGAAGACCAAGCAGGAAGGAACACUCACCUGGUCUCUGCGUUCCUUUCGCCGCGACAGCCGCAAGAACCGCGAGGUCAUCAACAUUGAGAUGCGGGAGAUGUCCAUGAAGACGGUGGGAUGGGCCAGGGAGAACACACGCUUCGUCAUGGAAGGGCCCCUGCAGCUCUCCCAGCCCGCAGACGGACAGUGGGUAAAGAAGGGCAGUAAAGGCCUCAAGUUCCAGAACGUUCAGAGCCUGCUGAUGGUGCGUACACAGCGGCCUGGGGAGGGGCUGUCUCCGACAGACGGCGGGGCUAAGGUGGAGCAGCAGGAGCACGGUGUCUGGGAUGGUGUGCUGGUGCUCAUCAAAGACAAGAGCAGCGGCAAGUUCACUGUGCUCAGGGAGCCCAUCCGCCUGGCCAACUGUGUGGUGUCGGCCGACCCUGACUGUGAGGACACCUUUGAGGUGCUGGAUAUACGGAAGGAGGCCUUUGUUUUCAGGGCAUCUGACAAAUCCCGCACGCAGCAGUGGUUCCGGCAGAUCAAGAGGUAUACCCGUGACCUGGGACCGUGGAGGAAGAGGCGUAACGCGCUCCCCAAUAUCAUGAUAAACACAAACCAGGGCAGGUCCUGA